AUCCCCCCAUUCUUUCACCACCAUCACCAUGGCUUCAUCAACGUCAGAAGCAGCACUGAAACUGGAAAUCGCUCGAUUAACAGGUGCCAUCAACAACCACAAAUCUAAGCACCAAGCCACAACAUAUUCGAGAGACUAUCCCACCAAGUCUAGAAGUAACACAUACAUCAACCCGAACUACAAACCCCCAACAAACCCUAGUCACUUCAAGUCCUCUCAAUUCACUCGGGCCCCAGCAACUAGUAAGCCACCUCCACCGCCGGCUCCCGGUCCUUCUCAAGCUAGGGAGGUUGUCAUCGAUGGCGUAGCUUUUCAGUCGUCUGGUCGUUCCCUCGUUCGCAAAGACUUACCCAAACCAGCAACAGCGCCUCCCACGUCUGUUUCCUUUAAACCAGUAUCACAACGUACGGACUACUCUAGAACCCAGGGCGGACACCUUAUCCCUAGUGGCCGUGUCUACAAGCCUAAAGUCUCUUCGCGUGGCCGCCGUGGACGUACAAUGAAUCGCAAUAUGACGCUCAACAACAACCGAAGUUCUUAUCAGUCUCGGCGAUCCACAACUAAACGCUUAAAAUGCCUAGACAAGCCCUGCCCUCGAUUUACGACUACAGGUGCUUGCAGUCGCGGGUUGACCUGUGUGUAUCAACACGAUGCAAACAAGAUUGCUAUCUGUUGGAAUUUUCUCCAAGGUUGCUGUCCAAACGAUGCAGCUUUCUGCAACCUAUCACAUGAUCCAACACCGGAGCGCACACCACUUUGUGUUCACUUUGCCAACAAUGGCCGGUGCACCAGAGACAAAUGUCCAUUCCCACACGUCCGUGUAGGUCCAAGGCAAGGUGUAUGUCGCGACUUCGCUGUGCUUGGCUAUUGUGAUAAAGGCCUCGACUGCGAUAUGCAACACGUCAGGGAAUGCCCCGAUUUUGCUGAGAAGGGAACAUUCCCACAUGUCAUUCGUGCGAAUCGCAAGCGCAAAGUAGUGCCUACGACAACUAUGGCCAUUACUGACCCCUCAGCUGUGGAUGUUGCUAAUGCAAUUUCCUCAGCUGCUUCUAACGUUGGUGCAGUGUCUGACAUUGUUCCAAGUUCUCAAAAUGUUUCAGUCGAGGAAGCACAAGCUGGUGAUGAGUAUAUUUCUCUUAUGUUUAAUGAAAGCGAAGAUGAUAGUGAAGACGAUGAAGAAGAAGGUGAAAGUGACGAGGAAGAUGAUGACGACGAUGAUGACGAAGAGGGCAAUGGCCCCAGCGAGAACGAUCAGCAUGUUGAAUCCGAAUAAUUUGCUUCUGUAUAAUUUACCCUUAAACGCUUGGUUGUAUUUUCCUUUUUUUUUGUAAUGCAAUGUAUUGCUCUG